GUAUAGUAUAAUAAUUGAGAUGUGGCAAAAAGCUGGCAUCUUUGUACAGAAAAACCACUAUAAGUACAUCUUAGAAACCCAUCUUUCACAUAUCCACCAUAGCCAUGGCUCCUUCUUCUAACCACCUUCUCAUUUCCUGCAUUCUCUUCUUCUUCCUCUACAUUGCACCAUCUCAAUCCCAGCCCUCAUUCCGCCCAAAAGCCUUAAUCCUCCCUGUCACCAAAGACCCAUCAACCCUCCAAUACCUCACCCAAAUCAACCAGAGAACUCCUCUAGUCCCUGUCAAGCUAACCCUCGACCUCGGCGGCCAGUACCUCUGGGUCGACUGCGAACAGGGCUAUGUCUCGUCAUCUUACAAACCGGCCCGUUGCAGAUCGGCUCAAUGCUCACUAGCCAACUCUAAAAGCUGCACCACGGAGUGCUUCUCAUCCCCAAAACCAGGCUGCAACAACAACACAUGUGGCCUGCUACCCGGCAACACCGUGACCCAAACCGCUACCUCGGGCGAUCUCGGUCAGGAUGUCGUCUCGAUCCAAUCAACCACCGGGUCGAACCCGGGUCAGAUCGUCAAAGUGCCAAACUUUCUCUUCACUUGUGGCUCCACAUUCUUGCUAGAAGGACUUGCAAAGGGUGUCAAGGGCAUGGCUGGUCUAGGCCGGAACAAAAUCGCCAUGCCUUCCCGAUUCUCUGCCGCAUUCAGCUUCCACAGAAAAUUUGCAGUUUGCUUGAGUUCCGCUAAAGGUGUUGUCUUCUUCGGAGACGGGCCGUAUGUGAUGCUACCCAAAAUUGAUAUCUCCAAGUCGUUAAUCUAUACGCCAUUGAUUCUCAACAAGGUCAGCACGGCCGCCGCCUACUUCGAAGGCGACCCAUCUUCCGACUACUUCAUCGGAGUCACCUCAAUCAAAAUCAACAACAAAAUUGUUCCCCUCAACACAACAUUGCUCAAAAUCAACCAAGAGGGUUUUGGGGGGACGAAGAUUAGCACCGUUCAGCCACACACCGUCCUCGAAACUUCGAUUCACAGAGCGGUGAUCGCCAGUUUCGCGAAGCAGCUGAGUGGAGUGCCUAGAGUGGCAGGGGUGAGCCCGUUCGAGCUGUGUUACAACGCGACGGCGAUUGGGAGCACGCGAGUCGGGCCCGCGGUGCCGCAGAUCGAUCUGGUGCUGCAGAGUAGCAAGGUGUUCUGGAGGAUUUUCGGUGCGAAUUCGAUGGUUCAAGUGAAGGGAGACGUUCUCUGCCUGGGAGUUGUGGAUGGUGGAGUGAAUCCCAGGACUUCGAUUGUGAUUGGUGGGCAUCAGGUGGAGGAUAAUCUGUUGCAGUUUGAUCUUGCGGCGUCGAGGCUUGGGUUCAGCUCUUCGUUGUUGUUCAGGCAGACUACUUGCGCCAAUUUUAACUUUACCUCCAAUGUCUGAACCAAAAGGAAUCAGGGAAUUGUGUGGUUGAUGAACCCAAAAAUGGCAACUUUGGGGGAAUCUGCUUAUCUGUUUGCAUUUGUUUUUAGCUCUUGAGUUGUGAUUUAAAUAUGAGGGGGAUCAUAUGGCAUUAUGCGGAGAUUCGUUUGAUAUAGUUGUGGUGCCAUUUCCAGCCAUGUGAGGUGACAUAAAAUAAAAGCGUUGUUAAAUGAAUUUUCAAAGACUUU